AAUCCUCUAACCCUUAUAAUUUCCUCUAACCUUCCAUUUCCACAAUCAAACUCAACUUUUCUCUUCCAUUUUGUCUUUCUUUCUCAUCACUUUCCCAGAAACCACCCUUAUCCCCAACAAAAUCCGAUCACUGGACCCUAUAAAACCCUUACAUUUCAUUUCAAUUUCAAUUACUUUCCACUGCUUCAUUAUUCACCAUGGAUGUUCUCGGUGUUAAUCAUCAUCAAAUCAUCAAGUCCAAGCAGCACAAAAACAAAAUAUCCAAAAAGGGCAUCAAAGUUGUAUACAUAUCAUCCCCCAUGAAGGUCAAGACUUGUGCCUCAAAUUUCAGAGCCCUUGUGCAAGAACUCACCGGAAAAGACUCCGACGCCGACGCCUCAGCGGCCCGCUUCCUCGAAAACCCUAGCCCUAACAAGCUUGUUGACGAUCAAGAGGCGGUUGUGAAUGAUCAUUCAGGAGCAUCAAUAGAAAGCUCUUCUCCUACAGUUUCUGGUUCAGAUAUGGAGCUUUUUGAUGAUCUUACAGAAGGGAGUUUUUUCAAGAUGCUUAGCUCAGAUAUUUUUAACGAGUCUUCGUCUUUAUUUCAGUUUAACAAUUAUCCUAUGAGAAGCUUUGAUUCAAUGUAAAAUUUUGAUGAACUCUUAGGGUUCUUCAUAUUUGAUCUUAUCUUUGUGUAAGUAUAUUCAUAUUUCAUAGUUUAUAUUAUUUAUAAAUUAUAUAA